AUGUUGAAGAUUAUACAACGACGAUUGGAACCUUUUCUAGAACGAGAACUGCCAGCUACGCAAGCUGGAUUCCGAAAAGGACGGGGAACACACGAUCAAAUAGCAAAUCUACGGUGGUUAAUGAAAAAAGCUCGAGAAUACCAAGAAGAGUUUUACCUAUGUUUCAUCAUCUAUAGUAAAGCUUUCGAUUGUGUAGUUCACGAAAAACUCUGGCCGGUACUAUUGGAAAUGGGUGUGCCAAAGCAUUUGAUCAUUCUCAUGAAGAACUUAUAUACCAAUCAACAAGCAACGGUGAAAACGGACUAUGAAAAUACCAACUGGUUCAACAUUGGAAAAGGUGUACGUCAAGGCUGUAUCCUAUCACCAUAUCUAUUCAAUUUAUAUACUGAGCAUAUAAUGACAAAAGCUGAAAUAUAUGAAACAGCAGGUGGUAUAAACAUAGGUGGUCGAAAUAUUAACAAUAUACACUUUGCAGAUGACACUACAAUACUAGCUGAAACAGCCGAUGAUCUCCAAUACCUCCUAAAAAAGAAGAUUGAUUCAUCGGAUCACCAAGAGUCGGGCUCGACUGAAUGGAUAAAUCAUCAUCACGAUGAACCACCAGUAAAACUCAAAUCAUCAUUACCGCCAACUAAAAAGAACUGUCAACAACCUCCACAACAGAUAGUCUUAUGA